AUUCCGGGCUUACCCUACGGUAUUUGCACAAUCACACUGCUAACCGAAGGAGGCCAUCAGUCGCUGCAUCACUUAUGCGAGGAUGUAUCGGUGCCGCUCUCAAACGAAGCUCAGUUUCGCUUAUCGGAAUUCCGGACGAGAACGGGCGACGGCUACCCAGCCUGGUUUAUCGAGCUGAGAAAUCGUUUGCUGCAAGAAGGCUAUGGCGACACUCCUGGUGCAGUGGAUUUGAAUGUAACAAGCGAUGCGCAGAGAACACAUCGAAGGACCGUUUCGGAUAUCCCGAUCUUUGAUGACGAUGAUAAUGAAUCCGUUGAGACAUCAUCGCUGGAUUCACUGGAACACGAAGUAGUCGAAACACUACAGUAUAUGAUCGAGUGCAUUUGUGCGGAGGAAGAAAGUGAGCUGGAAGCGCAGCACUUUUUCAGUGAUGAGCGAACCAGCUCAUCGUAUUCGCAGCCAACGUUGAUCACUGAUAGUCAGCUUAGUUCUAGCGAAUUUACUGAAAAAGAGCAGUCAUCUGGAUCGUCAGCGAGUGCAUCACAAGAGAAUGCAGUGGAGCGACCACCGGCCCAAUCUGUUUCUUCCUCCAAAUCCUUGGAAAAUGGCAGCUUGUCGAUUUCGGAAAACGUGAAGCGUGCUAGGGGUCACAGAAGACAGGAUUCUCUUCAGGAAAGCAUUUUCUCGAUGUCUGCUCAGGAACUCAAGUUAUUCGAUACAUCGGAAUUACCGCGUCUGGAAGCAACUGGUGAUGGGGUGCAACCACUGUGCCAUGAGCUACACGCCCAUAUGCUGCUGUAUGUCGAAAGUGGACGAACAGUUGAUUUAGCACGAUCCGAGAAAGUUUUCCGCAUGCUCAUUGCACUGAUGCGUGCACAACGCGGUUACCUGGCUUCCAGACUAAUCAUUAGUUGUAUGGUUUCCUCUGGUACUGCAUCACUACCGAAAAUGGCGUCGAGCACAACAUCUGGUCAGCUGAUGGAUCUUCUUACGCGCCAUAUCCGUGCGAUAUUGGGACAGGACUUUUGGUCUUCUGAAUUUGAUAACACCACUGCAACGGAUUCACUAAAAAAUAAACAUUACACGUUUCUUGAACUUUUUAUGACUGUAAGUGUAUAA